AUGCAGCCCACGCACCGCACAAAGUUAUCUACCGCCAACUCUCUUCCGCCGAAAUCUCCCCCUCCAGUCUCCUACUCCCUCCCCCGCUCCCUCUCACCGCCUGCCCAGAGUUACUACGUCCCUUCUCGUUCUCCACCCAUGUCUCCUACUCCCCCACUCAAGACCUCAGCCCAUGCGCAUGGACAUGGCCACGGCCACGGUAGACGUCCCUCUCUGUCCAGCUGGCUCUCCCGUACAUCCUCCAAUGGAUCCCAUGUUGGCCCCUAUGCCGCCAGCAAGCCCGUCCGCAUCUCUGAACCCAAACUCGCCCAUGACCUCGGCCUGCUGGGGAACUAUUCCAGGAGUGGGGCACUGGGCACUGGCGCAUUGGUUGUGAGAACCCCUCAAGAGGCUCUAGCCGGUUCUGGGGUGACACCCGAUUACGAGUCUGGUCCUGAAGAAGACCUCAUCGAGGAGGAGGAAAGCGAGUCGGAAGAGAUCCACGUUCACCAUUCUCAAAGUGACCACCAUUCGCAGUCUCAGUCUCAGAGUGAAGUGAACGGUAGUAGUAUUCGAGUUGCUACAAGGCGUCGUAAUAGCAGUAGUUCUCAGCCUGAGAGUCCUCCAUUACCACCGCUUCCGCUCUCGAAGAGCACGUCUGCUCUGGGUUCGAUUAAGGAUCUGCCCCCGCGAACUAGAACUUCGCCGCCUAGUCGACCUCCACCUCCACCACCUGCACUUGCUCCGACUGCAGCUGCUUCAGCAUCCUCAGCACCGUCAAGAGCUCAAGUACAAGCACAACAUCCUCCUUCGCGCCCGGCUAUGAAACACUCAGCCACCUCUCCGAUCCUCUCCUCCUUCCCGCCCGUCCCUCCCCUCCCAGCUCAUCUCGCCAUGACCCAUCCCGCACCCCCAUUCAACGCCAUCCUCCUCUCCACCGUACCCUCCCACGCGAUCGACAAGUCCAAAGUGAUCGUCACGCUCGAGACAUGCACGGCCACACACCGAACGACGCUCACGACGCUCCUCUCCCGUCCUUCCCAUCUCUCUACCUAUCUCUCCUCGCUCUUCCGCUCGCCUUCGCGGUUCCAGAUGGUGAGGGAGUCGACUGGGAGGUCGGUGAGAAGUGAGUCGCAGUAUAGUACGCACACCAGUGUGGAUGGAAAUGGAAAUGGAAAUGGACAUGGGCAUGGUGCAGAUGACGCGACGGAACUGGCCAGUGAUGCGGAUCUGGAAGAAGAAGACGGGGAUACGGCCUUCAACUCCUUGUUCCAGAAUCACCUCACCGCCUCGGGUCUGCUCCCCCAGACUUCAUACAACAUCCAUAUAUUCCUCGAUCGGCCCAGCGCGACGUACGAUCACAUCCUCACCUACCUCCGCACCCCUCCCCUCCCCUCCACAUCAUCCGGCACAGACCAUCAACCCCAGCUAACGACUCCAGCCCUCCCACACGCCGUCCAACUCAAUACAUACACCACCGCCCGUCUCGAACUCCUCGUCGCUCUCCGGGACGAAGCGCGAUAUCUUGGGCUGGACGAGCUGCAUAAACUGUGCGUCGAUGAAUUGAGGACGAGGUUGCCUCCGAUAUCACAGGGACAUGGGCAUGGGAGGGGUCUGAGCGCGAGCUCGGCGUCUGGGUCGGUCAGGAGCGGGCAUACGAAUACGAGUGCGGGGAGGGCUGCAUCGCCUGCACUUGGACACGGACUUGGACUUGGACUUGGACCUGGACGGGGUAGCGCGACGAGUUUGGAGGGUGCGUCGGUGGUGGCGAUUGCGGUUGUGGAUUCGAUGAGCUCGACGGGUUCGGGAUCGGGUUCAGGGUCGAUCAUAAACGAGACGAGAACUCAGACGCAGGGUGGUGUAAGGGAUUCGACGGGGUCGGGGUCUGUGGCUCCGAAUCCUAGUCGGAGCGAUUUGCAGAAGAGGUUGGCGUCGAGGGAGAGGGAGAGGGCACAGGGACAGGGGCAUGGUCAAGGAAAUGCGCAAGGACAUGGACAGGGGCAAGGGCAGGGGCAGAGUGUCAGCGGCGGGUCUGCUGGGGCGACGAUUCGGGGACGGCCUGGGAUUGGGAAUCGGUUGUGAUUUCUGUUGCGGUCGAGGACCCGGGUAUGAGCAUUGAGUUCGUUCUUGGUUUCGGUUUCGGUUUCGGGUUACGAUUUUCACUUUUCUUUGUUUGUUCGGUUUGUUUGUCAUGUCCACCACUCACCUCAUGAUCAAUACCUUUUUUGUCUCUCUAUUUGUUCAUAACAUCUCUCUCUUACACCCGUCAUGUCCUCCAUCGUAAUUGUCUAUAUAGAACGCAUCCGCCGCAACUGGUUUUGAUCGCACACUGACACACUCUUGUAUAAUUAUCAUCCUCCCUUAUGUAUCUAUACCUCUAAACCCUCUUUUCCACAUCCAUAUCACCAUCAUGAUAUCGCCUCUGUUAAUU